GGUAGCACCCGGAAGUAGGCUGAAUGUCAAGCGGUGCGGGCUCUUUUCUCCCUCUCCCGCGUUUCUGGGGGCAGCAAAAGCGAGCGGGGGUCUUCUAAAUUUCAGAUUUCCAUACCAUGGUGUUUAAAGUCUUUUUCCCUCUUUGCUGCGCUUCAGCUGAAAGUGGCCUUCUGAUUGGACGAUGGAUUCCAGAACAGAACUCCGUUGUUAUCCUGGCUGUAAUCCAUUUCCCUUUGAUUCCUGGUCAGGUGAAGCAGUAUCUCUUUAAAAUGCAACAGGCCACCCAAGUCCAACUGUCUGUGUUGGGUUCUUGGACUAACAGCAAAGAAAAACAGAGUUUGGAAAGGUUCCUUGGAGACCUGGGGACGAUCUUUUCUCAGGGCCCCUGGAUCCAGCUCAGCAGGGGAAAAGGCAGCAAGUUUUGGAACUGCUCUGCCACCCAGAAGGAAUCCAGCGGCAGCGACGUAGAGGAAAUCAUCGUGGUUUAUUAUGACCAGCGCAAAGUGAUGCUAUCGCAGCUUCACCCUCUCAACAAGUGUGUGGUUCCUUCUGAUCAGAAGAUGGCAGAGGCUUCCAAGCUAGUUGCUGUGUUUGACACUGUUGCAAAAAGUCAGUUGCUGUUCAUGAAGGAUCGGUAUGACGAGGGGCCCAUCAAGCUCACCCACUGGCAGUCUGAAGGCGUGGAGGCCAGCAUUAUCGUAGAACUGUUGAAACAGGCGUCUGUCCCUGCAUGUGUGCUGAUAACGUUUCUCCUUUCACUUGUGUCUGGCGUCUGUAAAAGCAGGGCACUGACAUUUUGGCCCCUGUCUUUCAUCUGGAGCAAACUUUCAACCUGUGAGCAGUUGAGGCAUCGGUUCCACCACCUCCAAAUCAUCAGCAGCAAGAAGGCAGCUCCAGACCAGACCCAGCUGAUGAGAAAAGCCAAUAUCUUUGUCUCUCUCCUCACUGAUGUGGCUCUGGGUAUCCUUCUCAUGUCCUGGUUGUAUCAGAAGAACUGGAUUGGUUAUCUUGCCGGUGCCCUUGUCCCAGUGGCUGAUCAUAUUGCCCAGCAGCUCCAGAACCUCCUUCAGUGGCUGAUGGGUGUGCCAGCUGGUUUAAAAAUGAACAGAGCUUUGGAUCAAGUGCUGGGCCGCUUUUUUCUUUACCACAUCCACCUCUGGAUUAGCUAUAUCCAUCUGAUGUCUCCAUUCAUUGAGAAAAUCCUGUGGUAUGUUGGCUUGUCCGCUUGCCUUGGCCUGACUGUGGCCCUUUCCAUCCUCUCCGACAUCAUUGCCCUCCUGACAUUCCACAUCUACUGUUUUUAUGUCUAUGGAGCCAGGCUGUAUUGCUUCAAGAUUUAUGGCUUGUCAUCUCUGUGGCGCCUGUUCCGUGGCAAGAAGUGGAAUGUCUUGAGGCAACGGGUGGAUUCCUGCUCCUAUGACUUAGACCAGUUAUUCAUUGGCACUUUGCUGUUCACCAUCUUGUUGUUUCUGCUGCCCACAACUGCAUUGUACUACUUAGUUUUUACUCUGCUCCGUCUACUGGUGGUACUUGUGCAAGGCAUAAUCCAUCUCCUGGUGGACCUCAUCAACUCACUGCCCUUUUAUUCCGUUGUUCUUCGGCUCUGUCGAGGCUACAGACUUGCCUCUGGGGUCAAGUUCAGAGUUCUGGAGCAGGAAGCUGGCAAGCCUCUUCGCCUUCUAAUGCAGAUCAACCCGCUCACUUACAGCCGGGUGGUGCAGAUGUACAGGCUGCCAACAUACAGCUGCUACCCCAAGGACUCCUGGGCUUCUCUGUGCAAGAAGUUGUUCAUUGGAGAGCUCAUUUACCCUUGGAAGCAUAAGGAAGAGAAGCAAGACUGAGUCGGGGGGCAACCAAGAGAGACUCCAGGGAGCCCUGAGAACCCCUUGGAGAAACAGGCCACUUUUCAUGCUAAGGCCCCUUGGAAACAGCUCUUACCGACUGGACCUUGUUUUUACUUCCUUCGCCAAGAACUCGAAGGUAGGACGUUCCUACGGAGUCAAUUAAUCCCUCACUCUACUGCCACCAUGAGCUGUUCGUUUUUUGAUCAUGUCAUCUGAUUUAACCUGGCAUCAGAACUGCUUCACUGGAAACAUCAGGGCGCAGAAUCGCCGCAGUAACCUGCUGUGCCUUGGAGAAAAGGGUUUGGGGCGUGUUGUGAUUCUGCAAGGCAGCCCCCCCACCUUUUGUAGUAACCGGCGCACGGUUCUGUUUCUCAAGAGCCCCCCCCUUCCCCUGCGCUGAACGUGCCAUUUUCCGCAGCUCCUUCUGUGAAGGUGUUGCUGAUCGCCUAGAGCAGCGUUUCUCAGCCUUAGCAACUUUAAGAUAUGUGGACUUCAACAUGACUGGCUGGGGAAUUCUGGGAGUUGCAUUCCACGUAUCUCAAAGUUGCUAAGGUUGAGAAACACUGCUCUAGAGAGUGCUUGCUGGAAUUCUGGGAACCUCGGCAAGACCCCCAGUGCUUCCCAGCCACCUCUGACUGUUCCCCCUUUGGAAAGAAGUGAACGGGGAAGCCGUUACUGUCCAUUAUUGGUAGCAGGAUUCCGGACAAUGGAGACCGGUCUUUUCAGCUGGGCUCUUUACAGAAUUUUGGAAAAUCUAGACUCAGCUUUUGACAUGUUCCUCCUACACAGAAGAUUUUUCUUUUGCAAUAGCCAGCAGGGGGGGCCAGAAGCAAGGUAAGCUGCAUCAGCCCUUUAGCAUGGGUGAGGAAACCCUUAAUUCCUGAUCCAAGUUGCCCCUUGAACACUUGCCCACCUAUCUGCUUUGGGCCAUAGGGAGAAAGCCGUAAUUGGUGCCAAUGGCAGUUUUUCUCCCCUUGCAAGUCGCACACACAUGGCAGGGCAGGCAGGAACUAUUCAGACUACAAUCUCAUUGAGGGCAAGGGAUUAAAUUACCGUUACCACAAUAUGCUUAGGAAGGGCCACAUCAGCUAUUACUUCAAUGUUAAGAAAUGCAAGGACUAGCUAUAGAAUUUAGCCAGUCUGUGGCAAAUUAUGCAAGAUGGUCAUCAUGUUGUGAGCCACCCGCAGUCAUUGGGAGUCGGGUGGCGUACAAGUUUAAUAAUAAAUUUAAGAACCAGUUAUUUACUGUCUGAAAAAUUAUGUAAAUAUUUUUUCAAGUCACAGUGUGUCUUUUUUUCCCCCUUGCAAACUUUUCCUUCUCUUUCAUAGCUUCUUCAAAAGUGCAGACCACCGAGUUUGUCACAAUGCUUAUAGAAAAGUAUUCCACUCAUUUUUAAUUGUUACUAAAAUGUGCCAAAGUACCAGUGCAGGCUUGUUCCAGGAGGUCCAUUUUUUGCUAAUUUGAUGCUAAUUUGAUGCCCUCCAAAUGUGUUGAGCCUAAGCAAAGUAGGAUGACCCCAGGUUGGGAAAAAAUGCUUUCUGUGUUUGUAAAAGCCAAAUUGGUGUCCAGGCCAGGGGUAAGGCUCCCAAAUAUUUCUUAUAUUAUUGAGUUGUUUAUUAUCUUGAAACCUUUCUUGAUGAAGAUUAGAAUACCCAGCAAAUCGUGCAUCUGGAUAUUUGGUACUUUUUAAAAACAGAUUUUAAGCUAUUCUAUUGGUUAAUUAUAUUUCAUAUAUAAGAUGCACAUUUGCUUUGAACCUCUCAUGGCAGCUUCCUGGUGUGGGGAGGAUGGGGCUGAACCUGGUGUAUUUGCUUAAUGUGGCAGUCAUAAUUAGCUUUGUCACACUAUGCACUCAUGGGCACCUUGGCAUGGAGAAAAAGGUUCCUAGUCUUACAGUCUGAGGUCUGCAUUUGAUGCCCUGUGGCUGUGAUGGCUAGGAAUUCUGGGAGUUGUAGUUCCAGCAUGCAUGAGGGCCCUGAGUUAAGAAAGGCUGCUUUAGAAUAAACUCCAUGAAAAGUA